AUGGCUGUUCACAUGACCAGCCUUACAGAUGAAGGCAUUCACGCACUACAGACAAUGAUGCUACUCACAGCAUUUGCUGCGUGGAGCGGCACGAAAGAGGACUUAAGAGCUGCGCUGCAAUUUCAUGGGCGUCUUGCUUUUGCUGUACGUCAGGAAUGGGCACUUUCGGAAUAUGGCGAGGGGGCAGAGACCAACACGUGGGAAGUCUGGCUUGCACGAGAGUCUCUCAAGAGGCUCACUAUUGUUAGGGUGACCUUCUGUAUCUUUACGCUCAUGAACCUCAUGACGAUCGCCUACGAUAUACCAUCACCAAUGCUUUUAGAAGCCCAGCAUGGCAUGCCUGCACAUGAGAAUCAAUGGUGCGCGAGAACCGAGGUUGAUUGGAUUGAGGCUAUGCGAUGUGCUGGAAUCCAGACAUGGCCGUCAGCUCAAGCCAUUGUCGAGAGACUAGUAGACGAGUCUCUACCCGUCCCGUCUCACAUCGGCAUGUUUGGCUGCCAUGUCCUCAUCUCAUUCUUAGUACAGAAGAUCAUUUUGUUGCGUCGAUCAUGUCCCACGAAGGACGUAAUCUAUCUUGAAAACCGACGUUGUUUCAUCCGAGCUCUUCGAAGGUGGCAGCUUAUGUGGGAGAGCGAGCCUGAAGCAUCAUUGUCUCCUGACCAUCCCCAAGGACCGAUUUUAUUCAACUGCACCGCCCUCUUGAGAGUAGCUUACAUUCGUCUGGUCUCUGAUUAUUCACCUAUCCGACGAGGUUUUGCCGCUUCAUGUUCCGAAGACAAAAUAGCGAGUUCCAUCACAGGAAUCGAAGCCCCCAUUCGGGAUGCAGACACAACAAGAGCAGCUAUUCAAGCCUGCCUCGCUCUUCGAGUCCCGACACAACUGGGUUUCAAGAUGAUAGCCCGGACCAGCUUCUGGGUGUGGAGCGUCCAGCAUGCUUUAUCUUACUUUGAAUGCGCUUUGUUGCUGUCGAAGUGGUUGCAGGCUAACCAACAAGCAUCGGAUCUUUCUGCCGAGGAAAGAAGAAUAAGGCACAUGCUGGAACAGACCGUAGGCCCAAGCAAUGGAAGCUUUCAAGCAGAAGAAUCGUCUACGCGCCUGGAUGUUCGUGUCUUGAAAAGAUGGGCAGAGCUAUUCAAGACGGAGAACACCACAGUGUGGCAAAUAAUGCCCAAAAUGGCGCGAAUUCUUGAGAUUUACGCAGACACGCUUUCAAACACCCCUACUAACUGA